CGACGUUUCAUACUUCAAGAGCUUUGAUGUCAGCAGAACAUACUAAAUAGUCAAUUCACUGUUUCUCCUCGAUAAACUUUUCAGUGUAUGUCGUAGUUUGAACACUCUACUACAUGCUCAAUAAGCAAUCUCAGAAGCACAUAUUUUGAAGUAGUUGUCUACAGUAAACUUAGCCAUACAUACUCAUAGGUAAAUGACUUCGCAGUGAACACUAUGCAAGACACAAUUUCUCAACCCAAGCGGAAUAACUAUAUGAGAAGGCCAAAAGAAUUAAUUGACAGACGUUUUUGGUUAUUGUUCCGAAAGCUCUAAUUCAGGUUAAGGAUAACUAAUGGAUUUAUUCCUUUUCUAAAGUCAGUUACUAAACUCACUGCAAGUUGCAUUUAAAAGCAUCUCUUUCGGUUCAAAAACUCACCAGUGACAUCACUGUAGAGAUGCUUGUUCAGAAUGAUAGUGUAAAACAAAACAACAAUAAAGACGGUGAUCCCCAGCCGAUACAUGCCUCUGUUGAGAAGCAACAGUAUCCAAAAAAGAAGGCUGCCCGGAGCUCCAAACAUUCUCAUGCAUCUCGGGGUGGCGAUCGUCCUCGUCAAAAGUCACUGAAUACAAUGUUUUGUGGGUGUCUGGUAUCCGGAUCAGAAUGUGGUAAUACAAUGGAGCAUCCCCCACUUGAUAACAACCGACGACUUCUUCCUACCAGUGCUAUCCAGUCAAUGGAAUCUCUUAGCAUUUCAAAAAAUGCAGGUUCACAGUGUUUUCAGCCAUCCCAAGUAUCUAAUGACUCAGGUUCAAUUAAACUGCAACCAGUUGUUAACUUACCUUCUUGUGCUCUUAUAACAGAUGCUUUGCUUUCACAAACCAAACGGGCAAGUACAGUUAAGAUAGGUGCACCUUCCAAUGGAGUAAAGCACUCAGGUUGGCACAGUUUUAGAUUUAGUCGUAAAAAGGAGUCAAAUUUGUCCAAGACAAAACAACGUGAUUCCACGAUAAGGAUAUCAGUUACCAGGCCCUUAAAAAGCGAUAUUUCCCACCCUGAAGCAGAACAACAGUCAGAAACAGUUCAAUCUCUUGUGUUCUCACCAUUACCAAACCAAGCAGUACUGGAAACAGUAAAUUCUGGAGAGGAUCCUGGAGCCCAUUGGUUUGGAGUCAGGAUUUUCCAACCCCUCUAGGUGGACUCACCGUGUCCACCAACCUGGUUAAAGCGCCAGAAAAUCGCUUUUCGUCCUCUCAGUUUCGUAAAUAAAACCCUCGACACGAGAAGGCAGUGAAUGGGACCUCCCUGGCAAUAGCUGUAAUGAGGUAAGAUCUAGUACUUAAAUGUAUCAACCUAAGUUGCUACUCUUCACACCAGUACAGCAUAACAUAUGUAUUGAGAAAAGCAAAGAAUAAAGUAAUAACUAGUCAGUGAAAAAAAAUAAAGGUGGGGAGAAUGUCUUAAGCAACAGAUAGUAUUUAGGGAGGAAAUGAAAGUAAAUUAAUAAUGCUAUAUUUGAGUUUAUAAGAAAGGCAGGAAAUGUAUUCAUUGGCAACAUUAGCGUAUAUGCUAGACUAUACAUUCAUUCUGUGCACACAUUAUAACCAGGUCUUACAGCUUUUAUUUAUCUAGGUGUAAUAACGAAGUAGCUCGUAUACGUAUUAAAUUACAGUGAACAUCGCAUAUAUUAAACCUUUUAAGGAAAAACCAUUUAGUGUGGUGUAACAUGCAGAUUCAAUACCGUCUAGUAAAUUUCUUUAUUUACUAUUAUUUACCACUAAAAAAGUAUCGUACAGGUUCCACAUUUAAGCUCAGUAAUUUUCUGUUUUAUGGCAAUCUUACUUCUCACCAUAAAUGUAAGUUUACUUAUUAUAACACUCGUGAAGUAAGCUAUUGCACGUUAUCAUUUGCAUUGUAUUAACUAAAUUAUAUAUACACCUAGUUCUAAAUCUUGAGACUUUCUUACUUUUAUUUUCCCUCAGCAAAAGGCUGCGUUGCUUGGACCGAAAAGUGAAACAGACAAAAGCAAAAAGUGUUUUGUAAUUGACUUGGAUGAAACUUUGGUGCAUAGUUCAUUUAAAGUAAUCGAACAUGCUGAUUUUAAAGUAGGAGUUGAAAUAGAUGGAGUCACACAUCGUGUGUAUGUUUUAAAGCGACCACAUGUUGACCUCUUCUUGUCGACCAUGGCCGAUCUAUAUGAAUGCGUACUGUUUACUGCUAGUUUAGCUAAGGUGAAUUUUCUAUUGAAAAUUUGUUCAUCUGUUUAUUCGUUCACGUAUUAAUAUUUUGAUCUCCAUAUUCGUUCUCCGUCUACCGUAUUUACCAAUUAUAAUAAUGAUUUUCUAUUCAAGUUAGGUCGACAAACAUGAAUGAACAACAUGAGCAACAACAACCUUGGAUAAUCAAUCGAAUGGAACGUUAAUAGGUACUGAGUGUUCCCAUCAUUCUAUCCAGUCAAACGUAUUAGUAAACCAAACUGUGUAACUUCGUUUGUGGAUGAAGUUACUUGGUUCUAUGACAGGAUAUUUGUAAUCAAACGUGAAAACUUAAGAAAAACGAAGUAGUCAUUUUAUGGUUCUGGUAAGAAGCUAUGACUUGUGUAUUCGAUCAACUUGAUGGUAAAGUGUUUAUGUACUGUUGGGAUUCGGUCAUGAUCAUAGAGCAUCGUAAAGCAACUCAAGUUGGGAACUAUAUAGCACUGGUUUGCGACGGCCCAGUGGUAUUGUACUGUAUGAGAGCUAAACGUUUUGUAUUCAGUUCCAUGUAUGAACUUACUUAUGAAUCGCUACCAAGUCUCUAAUUAAAGAAUACUUGUUCACUUUCCCAGUUUCACUGGUUCUCUAUCUAGUAUCAGUCUGUGGUAAAUUAUCUGCAAGUCGAUUUUUUUCUGCUGACCUCAAUAAAGACGAGGAACCAUUGUUAGAGGGAUAGAUACAAAAAUGUCUUCAUACAGUGGGUUUACUAUAGCUAUAGGAAAUCUGAAGCGAGGGAGAGCAACAGGCCCUGACAGAUUUACUCCUGAGAUUUUUAUGGAUGAUGGUUCAGUAUUAGCAGUGAGAUUAACUGAGGUCUUAGGUAGAAUUUAGGAACGACGUAAUCCCAUCUG